CUGCCUCUCUCAGCCUCUCUAGCUCUCCCUCCUUUCCAGUCUGUAUCUAAACCCCCCCUCUCAGCCUCUCUAGCUCUCCCUCCUUUCCAGUCUGUGUCUAACCCCCCUCCCUGCUCUCCUCUUUCCGUUUGUGACGGAGAUAAUCUCUCCCUGAUGCUGAUGGUUUGGGCCUGUGCAUGAUGUUGUUCAUCCAGCCGCCAUCAUUCCACGGAGAGAAACAGAGAGUCUCGCUUUUCAAAUGGUCUAUUUCUCCAUCACUCCCUCGUUCGUUCGGGACCAGAUCCUCUCGGCAUUCGUAAUCUAAAUCUGGUCUGAUUUCUGGUUGGUCGAUCUACAUUAAGGGGACGGAACCACAGCAGUCUGUUGCUAGCAGCGGAAAGUACUUAUGGCGAUGACCCCCCACACCGCUGAGGUAGCUCGUCUCUACCAGACAGAGUUUAUCCGUAGCGCCCGGGCGGUGGGCGUCCUCUGGGCUGUGUGUACCCUCUGCUUCGCCAUCAUCGAGGUUGUCAUCCUAAUACAGCCCUCCUGGGUGGGCACCAGAGAGGUUCACUACCAGGGAGGGGGCCCCGUGCCAAAGACUGGUACCCUGGGACUGUUCGAGGUGUGUGUGGAGUCUGAUUGGCCGGUUCCAGAGUGUCGUGGCUCACUGAGCACUCUGACCCCUCUCCCAGCCUUCCAGUCCCCUGCUGUGCUGGUUUGCAUGUCCCUGACCAUGGUCUGGAGCAGCGUCGGCUGCCUCUCCCUCUUCAGAUUCUGCAACGCCGCCACCGUCUACAAGAUCUGCGCUUGGCUGCAGGUUACUGCAGGGUUCUGCCUGGCUCUCGCCUGCGUGCUGUUCCCUGACUCGUGGGAUUGUGCGGACAUGCGGGACCUGUGUGGUGAUGGGGUGACCAGUUUCUCCUCCGGAAACUGCUCUGUCCACUGGGCCUUUGUCCUGGCCUUGUUGGGGGUCCUGGAUGCUGCCAUUCUUGCCACUCUGGCCUUUGUACUGGGCAACCGACAGGACGCUUUGCUACCAGAGGACACCAAGGAUGUGACAGGGUUUCUGCUGUCUGCUUAGACUGGCUGGUCCCCAUUCUGUGUUAUAUAUAUCUAUAUAGGAGGAAGAACCCUCUGACUCCUCCCCCUUGGUAUUACAUCACCAUGCAUAUCCUGGUUACAUAAUGUCCCUGCAUGGAAAUGGUCACCUGGCAAUAGUAGACCUCUGGAGCUGUGUUCUACUCCCUGAGACUGAAGACAAUGAUCUCCUGGAGGUUUUAAACCCUUGAGAGGCGACCGGCGCUGGACUACGGAGGAGGGAAGAUGGUGACACACCGAGAUAUAGGACAUUAGUGCUGUUACAGUUCAUUUAUGACGGAUUAUAUACAGAUAUAUUUCUCAAUGUUCAGUGUUUGAGGGACAGUGUUUUGUAGGCGUGUAUGAAUGAUGUUUUUAAUGUUGUUUUUCCCUUUUCAUAUGAGAGAAUAUUUUUGCCUUAUUUCCAUAUCACCCCGCCUGAGGGAGGCUAGAUGUGAUGAGGAUGCUUGAGAAAAGCUUUCUUGUAGAGUUUUCUUCUCUUAGAAAAAUUCCAUGAACUUUAUAGAAUAGUAUAUCCUUCUUCGUUUUUCUUUUUAAUCGGUGUAAAUAUACUUUUUUUUGUAUUAAAUACAUUUUUGUUUAUACUAAGCCUGA